AUGCUGCUUUUUAUAGUUUUCUUGGUUUUGUACAUCCUGAACCUGGUGGGGAGCCUGGGCAUCAUCGUUGUCUUGUGGCUGGAACCCAGUAUCCACACUCCUAUGUAUUUCUUCCUCAGCAACCUCUCUUUCCUGGACUUUUGCUACACCACCAGCACCAUUCCUCAGAUGCUGCUGAACUUCUGCAGCGCUCAUAAGUCUAUCACCUGGGCAGGCUGCAUAUCCCAGCUCUACAUCUUCCUCUUGCUGGCUGGCACCAAGUGCCUCCUGCUGGCUCUCAUGGCCUACGAACACUACGUCGCCAAUGAGGCCCAGGCAUUUGCUGUCAGUGGUCUCUUCCUGAUGGUGCUGCUGGGUCUCAUCCCGGUCUCCUACAGCUACAUUGUCACCACAGUGCUGCGGAUUCGCUCAGCCCAGGGCAAGCUCAAGGCCUUCAACACCUGCGUCUCCCACCUGGCAUUGGUAUCACUCUUCUACGGUGCGGCCAUUUCCAUGUAUCCACAGCCUCCAUCUAGCUACUUGCAGGACUGGGGCAAGAUGGUCUCCGCCUUCUAUGGCAUCAUCGCCCCCAUGCUCAACUCCCUGAUCUACAUGCUGAGGAACAAGGAUGUCCCCUAA